AUGGCUGCGGGCGAGGAGCAGUGCUGCACAGGAGACGCUCGGGGUUGGGGUGAGCGCCAGGGACCGAGGUGCCCAUGCCCGCUGCCCACGGGCCCCUCCUUCCCCAGGUGCAGUGGCCCAUUUGACUGGGAAGCUACACCUGGGACCAACAGCUCAGACGUGACAUGCUCCUCCAGGGUCCCGGUUAUCAUCAUCAGCGGCAGAGUCAUCCUCGUCAUCCUCGUCAUUGCUGUCAUUUCUGUGCCACGUGUGCUCAGGGCCAUCAGGGACAGAAGGUCACGUGGAGAACUCGCCUUUCCUGUGGAAUUGCUGUCUGUCCGCACCCUGGCGGGGACAGGGGAGCCGGCAGAAAGGAACAGGCGUCGGGACCUGCAGGCCUCCCGGGUCCAGCCAGACGUCACCACGGAGCCCGUGGAGGAGACAGCAUCCCUGUUCCCUCAGAGGGACCGCCACCUCACACAUGGCUGCGGGAUUCAGGUUCCUGAGCCAUCCCCGCGAAGCUGCUGGCAGUGGCCAGGCCCCCAAAGACGACAUAUGUGGUCAGGGGGCUGCGGGCCCCACUCCUGGAGGCCAGCCCGCACCUGGCUGAGGAGGAGACCACCUGCUGCUGUGGGGGCUUUGGUGUGGGAAGCCAUCCGUUGUCUUCAUUAUCAGAGGAGUGUAACCAAGGAUCCCGGAGCACUGGAGAACCUUGAGCCCUGGCAAGGGCCAGAGCUAUGCACCAAUUGUUUAGUGCAGACAGUGGAGGCUCAAGCAAUUUCCUGACCAAAUAGUCUCAGAGAAAAUCUUUCUAAUAUUUCCUGACCUUUAUUAUAGUCUGUCUGUUACCGCAAUAACCUGCCUGACUAAGAGCUAGAUUUGUAUUCAAAAUUGAAAAAAAGGUUGGCAAGGCCUGAGCACGAGUGGAAGUCCUUCCCCUUGGAUUGGGCUUCCCGCCUGGCCCCCAGUAUUUCCAAAUUGUCAUUUCUUGUCUUCUGUCAUUUGUGCGUGGCCCUACUCCAGAUCCUGAACCCCGAACCAGGCAGGAUGUGGGUCAUCACACUUUGGGACCCCCCCGUCUCCCCACCGGGCUCCUGAGGUGCUGACCUCCCCCGUCCUGACCUAGCAUGUGGGCCCUGGCCCAGGGCGCUCGUGCCCCCACCCGCCGCCUGGUACCCUGAGCUCAGCUGCUCAGCUGUAGGAUGGGCCCUCAGGCACCUUCUGGGGCUGGCACUGGGAUGGUGGUCAUGUCUGCACAUAACAUAACUCACAGUCUUGGAAGCUGUAGGGAGCAGCUCUAGGGUCAAGCCUCGGGCUGACUUGUGGCAGGGCCACCAACAAGUCCCAGCCUGGAGGGCAGAGCUCUCCUAGCAUAAUUAAGCUUGACCUUGUAGC